GUCGUCAACAGCGACUUGAGCGUGCAGCGCAACCCGUAUGCGUGGAACCGCAAGGCCAACAUGGUCUUCCUCGAGUCGCCGGCCGGCGUCGGCUUUAGCACGCCGGAGCUACCCCUACGCAACUACACGGAUGACUUUACGACCGCGCGCACCUAUGAGUUCCUUCAGCAGUUCCUCGCGGCCUACCCCUCGUACCACGGCCGGGACUUUUACAUCACGGGUGAGAGCUACGCUGGCGUAUACAUUCCAUUUUUGGUCCACGAGCUCGUCAAGGCGCCGCUACCGUCCAUCACGCUCAGGGGCUUUGCGAUCGGGAAUCCGUUCACGGACGAAGUCAUCGACUCGAAUGCGCAAAUGGACUAUGACUACACGCACGGCCUCAUCUCGGUUGAGAGCUAUACGACCCUGCAGACCGCGUGCAAGCACACAGUACUCGCGCAGUGCUUGUACUAUGACAAGUGCAACGACGCCUGCGGGCGCGCUAUCGACGUGGCCAACGCCGAAGCCAACACGUCGUUUCUCGACCCAUACUACCUCAACGGCGACAAGUGUCUUCUCCGAGACGGCCAGCUCUCGGCGCUGCAAUAUCGCUACGUCCGCCCAAUGCACCGGGGCGUCAUUGGCCCGUGCCAAGCUACGUUCGCGGCUGCGUACUUGAGCCAGGCGUCCGUGCAGACCGCGAUUCACGCGUCGAGCGCCAACGUCAGCGCGUGGACGCAAUGCAACAACCGUGUGAGCUCUGCGUACACGCGGACGUUCUCUGCCUUGCCCAAGUACCCGACGAUCCUUCGCGCAGGCUUGAAGGCCCUUAUUUACAGCGGCGAUGCUGACUCGGUUGUGAACUUUAUCGGCACGCAGCGCUGGCUCACGAGCGGCGGCCUCAACCUCUCAGUCGAAGCCAAGUGGCACGCGUGGUUUGGCCCGGACCAGCAGCUCGCGGGCUACACGGAAGGCUACACCAACGUGACCUUUACGACGAUCAAGGGCGCGGGCCACAUGGUGCCGGCUGUGCGGCCACUCCACGGUCUCUACUUGUUCGAGUGCUUUCUCUACGGUUACGACGUCUGCACGACGUUCACGUACCCCAAGGACGAGCUUGAGAACAUCACGGGCGCCGCGCCCGACUUUUUUGACGAAGCAAGUGUCUCCAACACUGCCUUGUGGCUUCUCCUCGGCGCCGCCAGCAUCGUGGCAAUCGCUGUUGGCGCGGCAGCGUGGCACCGGCGCACUGUGCACAAGAAGUCGGCUUAUGUCGAGCUCAAGGCGAACGGUCAACCGACGCAGUAUGGCAGCGAUGCUACCCCGUAGUAAUGGAGCUGCAGGGCCACGAUUAAAGAGGUAACAUACGUUGACAUAGACCUAUGCGAGCUACAUCCCUUUGCGUUGGGCUAAAUGCUUUGGGCAGUGGAGCACUCUUCUGUGAAACAAUCACACAACUCCGAUGUGAA